GGGAAGUCACGACGGGAGAUUGGGCCGGCCAUUCGACAGUUCAUAGACAUACCUUACCUAACAGCCCCCCUCGGUCCGAUAUCAUGCAAAUUGACAAUGACGCGGAUGCAAGAUUCGCGGCGACAACGCAGAGCUUCUUGACCUGGUUCCAGUCGCUUCCAGGGGCCACCUUCCGCUCCGACCUCAUCGCCAUCGAAGACCUGCGAUCGCGGAACGCCGGGCGAGGAAUCGUCGCUAGAACAGACAUUGCGGCGGACACGGUGCUCUUUACCAUCCCCCGCAGCUCCAUCAUCUGUACCGCAACAUCGGCCCUCAAGAAUGAGAUCCCCGGUAUCUUUGAUCUCGAGGGCGACGAGGAUGGGAACUCCGACUCUGGAGGCGAGGACGGCACCUCCUCGUCGCAGGACUCGUGGACCCUGUUAAUCCUGAUCCUGAUCUACGAGUAUCUCCAGGGGGAUGCUUCGCAAUGGAAGCCGUAUCUGGACGUGCUGCCCUCGGCGUUCGACACGCCCAUGUUCUGGUCGCCCACCGAGUUGGCCGAGCUGCAAGCCAGCGCGCUCGUCACCAAGGUCGGCAGGGAGGAGGCAGACCGGAUGAUCAGGUCCAAGAUUCUCCCCGUGAUACGAGGCCACGACCAUGUCUUCUUCCCCCAUGGCCGCCAGAGACUUGACGACGAUCAGCUGUUCGAGCUGGCUCACCGCAUGGGGAGCGCGAUCAUGGCCUACGCUUUCGAUCUCGAGAAGGAUGACGACGCCAACGAGGAGGCAAGCGAGCAGGACGAGUGGGUCGACGACAGGGAGGGCAGGACGAUGCUGGGCAUGGUGCCUAUGGCCGACAUGCUCAACGCCGAUGCCGAGUUCAACGCGUACAUCAACCAUGGCGCAGACUCCCUCACGGCGACCGCGCUGCGCACCAUCAAGGCCGGCGAGGAAAUCCUGAAUUAUUACGGCCCCCUCCCCAACGGCGAGCUUCUGCGCCGCUACGGCUAUGUCACGCCCAAACAUGCCCGUUACGACGUGGUCGAGCUGCCGUGGGACCUCAUCGAGGCGGGGCUGAGGGAGCGCGUUGGGGAUCGCAUGAGCCCAGCAGACUGGGAGCAAGUGAACAAGCUCACCCGGUCAGACGACGAUUUUGAGGAGAGCUUUGUGCUGGAGCGCUCGAGCGAGGACCCCGAUUCCACGGGGCAGCUGGAGGGCGACGCUACCUUUACAGGCCUGCCGGACGAACUGAGCGAUCAGUUCAAGACGUUCCUCAAGGCCACCAAGACGGUCGGCCACGUCGACCUCGUGUCAGAUAAGGAUACCCGCAAGGUGGUCUUUUUGCAGGUUGUCUUCGACGCGCUGCGGGCUAGGGAGCGGCAAUAUGCCACAUCCCUCGAAGAUGACCAGUCUCUCGUGGAUGCAGGCCAGUUGACGGAACGGCAAAGGAUGGGAGUGUGGGUAAGAAUGGGCGAGAAACAGCUUCUGCGGGAAGCCCAGACGUGGGUUCAACACCAGAUGGGCGGAUUGCAGGAUAGGGUUUCAGAUGAUCUGCGACAAGACGAUGGCCCGGCUGCUAAGAGGCGGCGAACUUGAAUAAUCCGCUUGUAUUGCUACGAAUGCCAAGCUGAUGCCUAGCGAAGGCAUAUGUCCCUGCAUGCGCAAUUUGUGUAUUUGCCUACUGCAAGAAUGGCUCGGGCACACGGCCAACUUACUAGUACCCGGUGAUUUAUUCAAAUCUAACCGUCAGCGGAGUCGGCUUUCCUGGCGAAGGACGGCAUGAUCUGCG